CCACCGGAGGCCUUCUGUCUUGAGGGGGAAGAAACAAGGUUGCUCGAAAGGAAGCGUUAGCCUCGAAACUUGAUCGACAACGCCGGUGGCCACAGUAAGCAUGGCUCUUCGUGGCGACUGGGUGUACGAGAAUAACGGAGGGACGUGCGUCGCGAUCGCCGGAUCGGACUACUGCGUGAUUGCCGCCGACACCAGGCUGUCCGUGGGGUACAGCAUCUACACCAGGGACUACUCUAAGAUCUGCAAACUGGCGGACAAGUGCGUGUUGGCUACCUCUGGCUUCCAGGGUGAUAUGAAAGCUCUGCAGAAGAACUUGGCUGCGAGGCACUUGAUCUAUCAGCAUCAGCACAACAAACAAAUGGGAUGUCCUGUGAUGGCUCAGCACCUGUCUAAUACCCUUUACUACAAGCGAUUCUUCCCAUAUUACACUUUCAACAUCCUAGGCGGACUCGAUAGCGAUGGAAAGGGUUGUGUCUUCACAUAUGAUGCUGUCGGUUCGUAUGAAAGAGUUGGCUACAGCGCUCAGGGUACGGGUGCAGGCCUUAUCAUACCAGUUUUGGACAACCAACUAAAAUCUCCUAGUCCUCUAUUAUUACCUGCAAAGGAUGCCGUCACACCGUUGUCCGAAGUAGAGGCAGUCGAUUUACUGAAAGAUGUCUUUGCAUCGGCUACUGAAAGAGACAUAUACACGGGAGAUAAGGUAGAAAUCGUUGUUAUAAACGCAUCAGGCAUCCGACAAGAGUUAAUGGAGUUGAGGAAGGACUGAGCAAUAUUGGGAGCUGGAAGAGGAAGACUAUUUAUUGAGUCGUUGUCACAAUUCCGAAGCUUCCUUGUCUUUUGUUCAGCUUCACUCUAGGCCAAUGCAAAUCGUAUCCUUGUUGUCAGAAUGUAUCUGGAUUUUGAUGCUUUAGCAUAGAUAUCCUAAUGCAUUUUAUGUUCUUGCGGACAAGUAUUUAUGAUUGGUCAAAAAAUCACUGCUAUUGCUGAUUA